AUGUCUCAUCUCCUCCUCUGCAGACGACGCCAAAGAGACGUAUUAGUACUCCUACAUCAUUCGAUGAUGAUGCGCGCGCUCACAUUUCAAUCGUCUCCUUCCACCGCGUAUACUAAUCAACAACAACGGACGUUUGCUUCAUCAUCAUCGUCGUGUUCAUCAUCAUCAUCAUUCGCAACGAACGUUUCCAGUUUGAGUAGAAGACGAGCACAGAAAAAUCUAUUAUCCCCUUCUUCAAAAUCGUCGUCGUCGGUGUCUGUUCUGUUGCGAGAGAAAAGCAGAAGAAGAGUCAAAAUCGUCGCCAAAGUCGUCGAGAGUAACAAUAACGAAAACGAGAAAGUGAACGACGCGCCGAGGAAGAAACGGUACAAAUGGGCCGUGGUCGGGUGCGAUUCCGACGCAGGAGGGGCGUUGGCAAUAAUAAGGGGUGACUUUGCCGGAGACGUGCAAACGGUUGAAAUUGUGGACGUGCCGACGAUGACGGUUACGGUGAACGGGAAAAAGAGGAUACGAUUGGACGUGGCAAAAAUGAUUGAAAAAGUGAAAGAGCUGGACUUGCCGAGCGAUGGGAAUGGUGGACAUUCGAGCGUCGUAUUCGUGGAAGAAGGCGGCGUCGAGUUCGGCUUUAGCGCGCAGACGGCGUUCGUGCAAGGAUACAAUUUUGGUUUAUGGAAAGGUGUUUUAGAAUCGUGCGUGAACCCAGAGACGACGAGAGUGGAGGUGGUGAAACCUCAGGCGUGGAAGCUCGCGUUGGGGUUGAGUGGUAAGAAAACGAGUAAAGAUGAUUCGAUCGAGAUGGCGAAGAUGGUCUUCCCGGAAUCGGAAGAUAUGUUGCAAAGGAAGAAGGAUCACGGAAGAGCGGAGAGUUUGUUAAUUGCGGCGUACGGUCACGCGAGAGAGACGUUACAGAAGAACAACGACGUCGAAUACGGGGAUAUCGUCAGAGAUGACGUGGUUUGCAAACGCGUGUUUAACGUUUUGGAGCAGAAAGGUUUGGUUUCCGAGCAUGGCGUGGCGUAUUUCGGACCGUAUUUCGGACGAACCGGAAUGGAGUUGAAACACGACUUGAAAACGAGAGGGUUGAAAGUCUCCGGAACAAAAGGAGAGUUGAUUUUGCGUUUAGAAACGGACGAUUUGAGGCGAAGGAGCGAGAAUAAAAAGAUAGGGAAGAUGGACGAUGAUAAUAGCAUUAGCGUUGACGAAAAAAAAGAAGAGGAAGUUUUAGAAGCGUAA